GUGGCCGUGGGUGGGAGCAGGUCCCAGUCUCCCACGGUGGGUCUCCCAGUGACCGUGUCGCUCCUCUCCUCCCACUCACACAAACACACACACACACACACAAAGCCUCCACCUCCCGGUAAGCCAAGCCAGGUGUUUGUUUACUCUGAGCCGCGAGUGUUCACACACACACACACACACUUGACCAAGCUCCCCCCAGCCUCCCUGGCCUUGGACCACCACUACUUGAAAGCUUUCCUUAAAGACUUUCCUAGUGAUGGCUCGAGUCUUAACUUGUACUGUAUGGCGAGGCAGCCCCCUGGCCACAAGCAGGAGCUUACAGACGACCGCUACACCACCUUAGAGAGCCUUAAGAAGCAAGUAUAUAUUAAAUUAGUGAGGUGGCGACGGUUCAAAACAGUUGAGGCAUCGUCUGCACGCUUCAGAGAAAAUGAUCUCUGGUGACGAGGGUUCCUGGGAAUCUACCUGAAUAAGAAAAAAUAAUUACAUAUUCUACUGGGAAGAAACUGGCUGGCUUGGCACUUACAAGAGCUAUGAAAUGAAGACAGGAAUACUUGCAAAACACAAAUACCAUAAGAAUUUUACAUAUUUUCUCAUAAAUAUGAGUCUUCUUAUAAAGAACUAUGGAUGCCAGUGAUGCUGCCUUCACAUCACUGUACUACCAAACCUCUAAUUUGGCUCUCCAAUGCAAAGAAAUACUUAUAAAUCCUUAGAUUAACAGUAUUAAUACAGCCUUACUUCGCUAACAGUUCAGUUAACAAAAACCAUAUUUUUAACUUGUAGUUCCAACAGCAGUACAGUAUUAAUGAUUAUUAUGGCACCAGAGCCACUCGUAGCAUCACCCAAUGCUAAAUGUUUUGCAACUUCCGUGUUCUUGAUGUGUUUUGGUGUUCAUGCUGCAUUCGUGGUGGCUGCAAGUCAUCAACUCGGUGACACUGUGGUUGAAAGUUCAGGUUUAGGCACUGAAGAUGUAAGAGCUGGUUUAUGGCUGCCCAUAAAUAGUUGGCAACAUUUCGAGGAAAAUUUAAAAAAUCGACAAUUAAGAAUACAGAUAAUAAACGAUGUAGCUCUAAGCAUUACAGAGAAAAACAUGACAGUUAGAGAUGAGAAGAGUGAGAGAGAAAAAGAUAGGAUAAAUAAGGCAGAAAAUAAUAAAGCAAAAGAGGAGGUGAUGCCAUUUAAAGAUGAAGCAAAAAAUUUUACCGAGGAUUAUGUGGCAAAAAUUCAGCCUAGCUCAACUGUCCAAAAGAUAAAACCUCCACAAAUACAAACAUCAGGAUGGUUUUUUGACAGAGAAACUGUAGACGUUUUGACUAUGCCUUACUUCUUCCCAUCUGAGCCAACGUUGAGGGAUCCGUACAUUCUACGCCAACACUUGACUGACAAGAAUGACAUAGUGAUGUUGGAGUUCCAAGUGGAAAACUACCACUUGGUGCUUGACCUCCACCCCACCAGGGACUUGCUGGCAGCCUCCUACAGAGAUCCUGUCCUUGGAGCUUCUGGGGAGAGCGGGGUGCCAUUACAGUGCGAGUUCCAGGGUGAAGUCAGGGGAGUGGCAGACUCGUGGGCAGCUCUGUCUCUGUGUCAUGGCAUUAGAGGUGUGAUAGUGGGAAGAGGAAAGGAGUUGAUGGUGGAACCUGCUCAGAACACCUUGACUGCAAAGGGCCCACACCGCAUCGUCUCCAUCAAUCUUCUUCAGCACUCGAUAGGUGCAUGUGGAGUAAAUAGCAAUGCCAAGAAAGGCAGCAUCAUCAUCAGCAGCAGUGACAGUGACACAGAGAUGGCUGAUGGGGUCCUUGAGAGGGAACGACGUGAGGCCCUUCACGGUGACACUCUGUGGACAACAAAAGCUACACGAUUUGUGGAGAUGGUAUUAGUAGCUGACCACAGCUACUAUGAAACCUACCUCAAUAACACUGUUCCACGUUGCAAGGCUAUUGUUAACAUUGUUAAUGCAUUAUUCCGACCUCUGGGAGUGGUGGUGGUACUGACCCAUUUGGAAGUAUGGGACACCAAAGACCAGAUUGUUGUUGAUAAGGAUUCUAACAAGACAAUUGAUAACCUGAAGCCCUAUAGGAAAAAAUUGUUAACGACUCUUCCAGAUGUGCCUAAUGACACUACGCAACUACUAACGACCAUUGACUUCACUGGAAUCACUAUUGGCAAAGCCACGAUGAAUGGAAUGUGCAGUUAUGAGGAUUCAGUUGGAGUUGUGCAGGAUCAAAAGUUGGAUGGGAUAACCUAUGUUGCACAGACGCUCGCUCAUGAACUUGGCCAUAAUCUGGGUCUUGGUCAUGAUGAGGAUGAUAAGGACUGCCAGUGUGAAACAAACAAUUGUAUAAUGAACACCAGCAGGGACAGACACAGUUCUCGCAUCACCUGGAGCUCUUGUAGCAAGAGGAACCUUACUAGAAGUUUGAAGGCUUUCUCUUUUGACUGUCUGAAGAAUGUGCCAUCAAAACUGUUUUCGGGCAAUAGUUGUGGCAAUGGUGUGGUAGAAGAAGGUGAAGAGUGUGACUGUGGUCCAGCAGAUUACUGUGAAAAUCCAUGUUGCAUUUCUGACACAUGCAAGUUUGUCACCAAUGCCACUUGCGCCACAGGUCCUUGCUGUGACACAAAGACUUGCACACCAAAACCUACGUGGACAGUGUGUCGUGAUGCUACAGCCGACUGUGACAUUCCUGAGUACUGUUCUGGUACCUCGGAGUACUGCCCACCUGACAUAGUUGAGAAGGAUGGAACUUACUGCAGAGGGGGAAAGGGUCACUGUUAUAAGGGAGAAUGUGGUAGUCAUGAAGGCAGGUGCCAGCAAGUAUGGGGUGCCAGUGCCUUAUCAGGUUCUCCACAGUGCUACACACAGAUUAACCAGGAAGGUGGACCCUAUGGCAACUGUGGCCUUUUGGAUUCAGAUGGCAGUGCACUCCAACCUUGUUCUCUCCAUGAUGCCAUGUGUGGCACCCUACACUGCCACACUGAUGCUGACGUGAAACCCAAGUUUGGCAUCGUCUCCUACACCGCCUGGAGUAAAGACAAUCAUGACUGCAGGACAAUUUUCUCCACCAGUGACAUUCCUCCUAGCUAUUGGCUCUCUCCUGAUGGUGCAUCAUGUGGUGAAGGAAUGAUGUGUGUGAGCCAGAGGUGUGUGCCCAUACCAGGAUCAAGUUUGGGAAUGCUGUUCUGGAUGCUGCUGGUACUAAUCCUUGUUAUCUUCUGCUUCUUGUGGGAUCCCUUACGGUGGUGGUGGGUGAAGAAAGGACGUGCCUGGUUCUCCCCCACUUUCCCACGUUGUGCUGCCUGUCUUGACACCUGCUGCUGUCCAUUCAUGUCUAAAGUCAUGCAGUGGACAGUCACCAUUUGCCCACUACGCAAGCGAAAGAAACCAGAUAAAAAAAAAAUUAAAGGAAAUAAAGAAGCAAACGGUAAUGUAGCGUCUCAACUGGAUCAGGACACAACACAGUCUUGGCCAGUAAAUACUUGGGGAGGUGAAAAUGAACAGCAACCUGUAGAAGUGGCCUAUUGGACACCAAGUAAUAUCCAUCUUACUUCAAACUCAUCUGUUUUGCAUCACAAAACUGUAGAGCUUGGUCAUCCAGUGCAUCAUAAUUCUAUUACAUCACAGCCAACAUUUGGAUCUGGUGAAGUACCUCUCCUGAAUAAUGUACAUUCUGCUACCAACUGGCCCAUUCCUUCAUCAGAUGCUAGAGGACAAAUAACAGAAAGCACACCAACAUCACCAAAUCCCCUUAGUGAUGAUGAGGUCAUCAGUAAACUAUCAGAAUUAACGCAGAAGCUUAACAUUAUCUCUGGAACGGAAAACAUUACUCGGCAAAUAGUACAACCACAAGUAUCCAGUGAUUCUUUAUCAGAAAAACUUGUGCCGGUUAGAAAAGCUCCAUCCCCUCCUGUCCAAAAAGAUGGGAAUAAAGCAGCAGUGACAAACAGCAGCAGAUCCUCACAAUCUAUUAUGCCUUCAACAAGAAGUCCAGUUUCAUCACAAAUGCCAGAACCUACUAUAUCUCUGAGGCAAGAACCUGUUAUACCUCCAAGGCCAGAGCCUGUCAUACCUCCUAGGCCACAAUUUAAUGACUUACAAGAUUCACUACCACAAAUUUCUGAAUAUAAUUUAUUUCAAAAGCCAGAACCAACUAUACCACCCAGACCAGUGUAUAAUGUGUCUCCAAGAUCAGAGUAUAUUGUACCUCCAAGACCAGAGCCAUCAAUACCUCCAAGACCAGAAUUUUCGGAAGUGUUUGUAUCCCAUAAGCAGGAACCUGUUGCACCUCCAAUACCAUAGCCUAAAUAUGCAACCAUAUCAGUGCAAUGCGACUCUUAACACGAAGAUAUUCAUUCCUCUUUCAGUGAUGUUGUAAUAACACAAUUUUAAUUUUUAAUUUAAUUUUUAAACAAUUAAAGUUUAUCUAUUUAUAAUUUAUAAAUUAUAUAAAAAUAAACACUAUUUAUAUAUAAUUUUCAAGACUAUGAUAUGUUGGCAACUUUUGAAUGGCUCAGCUAAUCAGUAUAGUACAAAAUUUGUGUUUUAUUUACAUUGUGACAUGUUCAAGUGCUAGUGGCUGUACAAGAAUGUAAGAACUCUUUAUUUAUACAGUAUAUAUAUAUAUAUAUAUAUAUAUAUAUAUAUAUAUAUAUAUAUAUAUAUAUAUAUAUAUAUAUAUAUAUAUAUAUAUAUAUAUAUAUAAGUACUGUAUUAUAAAAAGUCUCCGGGAACCGCAGAACAGCCAAGCAGAUUUUAUUCUGUAAACAUUGCUCACCUUGUGCAAUGGAAGCAAUAGUAUGCAAGAUUAAUUGGGUAGGAAAGGCAAGUCAUUAACUAAUGGAAAAUCUGUACAAAUUUUCCACUUAGUAUAAAUAAUAAUAAGGCAAGGCAGUUUUAAAUGUGAUGGUUUAUAUGUGAUAACAUUACAACAUGUUAUAUUACAUGUACCUGUUGAACUGGGACUCCUUUAUUAGCCAUGCUAAAUAGCGCUAAAAUGAUGUAGAAUCACAAAAGCUAACAAGCUAAACCUUAUAUAUUUGGAUGCAAUACACUGUAUUAUCAUGCCCUAUGCAAUGUUUAAGCUGAAAAAAUACUUGAAGAAAAGGAUACUAGGGGAAGAUUUUCAGAUCAGUUUAGUUACAAUUAUAGAUAGUGAAGAAGUAAGUACAGUGUUCAGCAUUUUUUAUGCAAUUGGUUUAAUCUCUGUGAGGCCUAAAUAAUUAAGAGUAAAAAAUUUAGUUAGCUAUGAUAGUACUAAAUAUACUUCUCACUUUCGCUAAAGAGAGAUGUAAUUUCAAGAUGGUCUAACCCAUUUUAGCUGCAAUUCAGUGAACAAUACUAGAUUGUGUAUUAGGCCUAUGUAAACCAAAAAUGCAGUAAUAGUUUAUUACACAUUUUAACUAGCUUCAACUUUUAACAGUACUCUAUGCUCAGAUUUGAUGUCAUGAACAAUUCUAACUCUUGUAGCUAAUAAAUUGAUACUGUAGAGAUGAACUGAAAGUCCUAUUCUCCUAGGAGAAAUUACUUGCUAAAUAUUUUGCUUCAGCUGAUUGCAAGAACUAUUCCUAAUGUUAUUCUUCUGGUGAUAUGCAAUAUUCCCUUUAGGAAUGUUAUCUAGUGUGUGUGAACAUGUUGGAUAUCCGUUAUGAAUGCUGCUCACUCUGACAGAUGGAAUGUUUGAUGUUGAAAGUACCGCAUAAUAAUAAUAAUACCGUCUUUGUGACUGUCACGAGAGUAGUGUGACAAGUGGAUGAUGUGUAUAGAAUUAAUGUUAUAUAGUCAAGAAUUCUGAGCCUGUAACUAUAUUAUAAUGAAUAAGUCGGAUGUUGUCCUUACGAAUGGUAUAAUUUUGAGGACUGCUCAUAUAUAUAUGCGAGAUGAUGAUAGCCAAUUGCCAUUCAUAGGCAUACGAGAUGAUCAAAUUGUGAAAGAUGCCUCACUGUGGCCCUGGUGGGAAUAGGAGGGUUGUGGCUUAAAGGGGCCUCUAUUCUGCCUGAUUUUUUAGCGGGUAUAUUUUAAAUUUGAGAACUAUCCUGGGUUCAGUAAAUACUGUUCUAGAUCUUUAUUAUUGUGGGAUGAACAUUUCUUCAUCUGGUCGUAACUUGCCUGAAGUUGUGGCCUCUCAUAUGGAUGGAAUUAAGGAUGCAACUCAUAAAUGUUAUCUAUUUGUUACUACCUGUUUGUUACUACAGGUAGAUACUGUAUGUCAUAUUGUUCCAUCUUACGUAAUUUAUCAUAAAGUUUUAAAACUU